AUGGCGACGGCUUCUCGUAAUCCGAGAGUGGCAGCCAUUGUUGCUGGGCUGCACGAGCCCUUCACCAUCUUCACGCCGCGCAACUCCAACGCGACGGCGGCGGAGCUGGAGGCGCUGCUGCGCCACCCGCCGCAGGCUGAAAGCGCGUGCGCCGACCAACGUCGCACGCUGUUCGCCAACGAGGCUCGCGUGCUGCAGACGCGGGUGGAGGUGCCGAACGGGGUGCUUGUCGUCCUGGACGGCUACCUGUUUCCCGAGGACCUGCGCGAGUCCAGCGCCCCCGCCCCCGCCUCCGCGGCUCCCGGCGCCGCCGACGCCGCCCCCGACGCCGCCCCCAGCGACACCGCCGCCGCCAUCGCCACCACCGCCGCGCCGCAGGCCCUCGUCAAGAUCAACAAGCCCAGCUCGGCGGGUCACGACAACUCCACCUUCCUGGAGAACGUCAACGAGAUCCUGUCCUUCCUGAAGAGCGGCGUGCGCGUCUUCAGGGACUUCCUGUCGCGAUCCAACGUGUCGCAUCUGCUGCAGAACGGCGAAGAAUAUACUGUUCUGGUACCCACUGAUCAUGCUUUUCAGAGAUGGCAUCCCAUUGAUUGGGGUUUUUAUCCCUUCUCAGUGCCAGAAUUCACAGAGAUGAUAAUGACAAAUCACUUUAUUCAUGGGAACCUGAAGCAAGAGAACAUCAGAGAUGGUCAAAAAGCACUGACUGUGGGUGGAAAGGAAAUUACCUUUUCUCGCAAACAAACUCCUCCUACACUAAUGGUGGAAGGCGCUCAUAUUGUAAAUGGUGAUACUCCUGUGGUUGGAGGAAAUAUAAUGUUUAUUGGAGAAGUUUUGUUUGUAAAUGAAGGUGUAGUUCAGAGGUUACAUCAGGAGAAUCGAGACAAGGAAACUCCACCACUUCUUGCAUUUCCCUGGUUUGGAUCUCAGUUCUUGUCUCAUGCUUUCCUGGCUUUGGAAGAAAAUCCCCAAUUCACACAAAUUACACGAUUUGUGAAUCUUGCGGAUUUGGCCCCUCAUAUCACUGGAGCAGAGUACACAUUCUUUGUACCAACUGACCAGGCAUUCAGGCGUUUGGGACUGGAUUCCAUGCCGAAUAAUUAUUUGUCAAGUGGAGAGGGAUUCCAGGUUUUGCUCAAUCACUUUGUUAAAGGCCGCCUAUACAAGAGAGAUUUUACUGAUGGCAAAAUUCUUCACACUCUGGGCAACAAAACAAUUCAUAUCAGAAGACAUGGAGAUAAUAUCACAGUGAAUGAUGCCAAUAUUAUUGAGAGUGAAGUAUUUGUUUACAACUUAGGCACCAUGUAUUAUAUAGAUCAUGUGUUAUUCAUCACAAGAGAUGAUCUUCCCAGCCCAAAUGAUUUUUCAUCAACAGAGUCCUCUGUCAUUAGCACAACAGAGUUGUCGGAAGUGGAGCGAGUGCCAAGUGAACUCACUGAAGAAAAUGGUACAUUACCUGACAUUUUAUUAGAUGACGAUACCGUUGACGGACAAGAGGUUACAACUACUGAGAGCAAUGACCUAGAUAAUAAUGCUGAAGAAUCCUCUGACAGUACAACCUCAAAUUCUACAAUUUACAGCACAGUAAUAAGUAAUGAGACAAUGACUGAACCACGACGUUGAAUGAAAUCACUGUAACAUCCUAACAAAGGAAAUUUAGUACAAAUCUGGUCCCAAGAGUGCUGUCAUUGGUAGCACAAAAGACAACGAAGAAUUUGUAGUGUAUGUACUAAGACUUUGAAACAACCUUGAUUAAUCAUACACCAUGAUAGCCUACAUUGUGUGCAUUGUAAAUCAACUUUUUUAAAUCAAGGAACAAUGACAUUGAGUGAAGAAGUCUUUACACCAAAAGUUUGUUGUUUGAUACAUGUGAAAAACCUUUAACAGAUGAUGUGAAGAAAAUAUUUGUACAAUACAAACAUGUAACAAUCUCCAAUACAGACAGAAGAUGAAGAGACAUCUAUAAAUUGGUGUAAACAAACUUUUUGAUUAAUUCAUGUUACCAAAAUUUGCAAAUUUCAAUCAUCAAUCAUUAUCUUUCAUUACCAUCAAAUUAUGAAAAAAGUACUCUCAUCCAUUACUGAUGUGUUUACAAAUCUGCUUUUAAAUACAAAGUAGUAUUCCAUAUGUAUAGAAUUAUUGAGAAAAUCUAAUUGUAGAUAGUGAAGUAUUUUUACAGAUACUGGGAGAAAUUUUACCUACUCAGUUAGUAUACCCAUAAAAAUUAAUAUUCCUCAGUGUUUUUGUCAAAACAUUUUAUUUCUCAGUCAUUAAAAUACAGGUUUCUCUUACAAUAAAUUAAACGCAUUUCUCAUAAAUAUUUUAUAUUCAUUGUGUAAUCUGAGAGUGUGAGGAAGAUUAAGAAUAAUGUAUUACUCUUCAAGACUGGGUAUUAUUUACCAUUUACAUUUCUUGAAGUUACUAGAUGUUCAUGAAAGGGCUGUUAACGUUAUUCUUUUGCUAUUUCACUCUGUAGAUAUUUCAGUACUUUUACUGAAAAUCAUUUGAGUGAAAUUUAAGUAUAUUUAAAGAAAUAAAUUUAUAUUCUAUGUCAAUAUGAUUAUAAAUGUGUAAAUGUUUAAAAGGUCUGACAAUUAUAAGAACUGAAUUGCUCUCUUAAUAUUUUUCUUUAUUUCGAUUUGUUUCAAUCCAUGUAUAUAUUUCUAUGAGUCAAAAUGAUAUUCACCAACAUGUAAUACCGAAUUAUAUUUUUUUAGAACACAUCUCAUGUCAAUUUUUUGUAAAAGUGGUGUAAUUCGUCCAAAAUAUAAAUACAUUAAUAAUUUAUUGAAUUUCAGCAUAAUUUAUUUAAUUAACCUUGUGAAUAUCAACUCCUUUGUUGUAUCAAUUAUAAUUCGUACGAAAAAAGGUAAGAUAUUGAAGAAAUGUGCAAAAUGUAGGUUUAAUUUAUCACCAUAUAGAUUUAACAACAUACUAACUAAUGAACACUUCCCCUGAAUCAAAAGCAAUAUUAUAUUUUUUGUAAUUGCAUAUCGUAUUAUAGCCAUGUUAAUUCAUAUUUCAAUGAAUAUGAGAAAGAGAAGAAAAAAAUGUCCUUAUCCAAAAAUUGGAAGCAAUCUCAAAGUAUGACUAAUUAAAAAAAAUAAACAUAUUAGUAUAGAAAGAAUAUUUGAAUCAAAAUUCCAGCUUGCAGCUUUGGUAAAGAGCACAAUAACAUAUUGGUCUGAAAUGAUGAAAACAAACCUAUACUUGGUCCCAGCCUCAUUUAUUUAACAG